AUGAUGAGGGACAGACAGCAGAGUUAAUUUCACAUCAGCAAGAGGUACUGAAAUUCAGAAACCCAACUCUUGAGAGCGACCAACUGUAGCGACGCAGCGAUCAGACAGACCUGAAAUAACCAGCUGGAGUUUAAGAAUCUGACGGAGGAUCUCAUCAUCCAACAGCAACAUCAUGAAGAGCUUUCUUCUACUCAUCCUCUCACUGAUGAUAACAGGCUGGGAGGCCUCAUCUGAAGUGAAGGGAUGCACAGACGGAUGGGUGGAAUUCACCUGCAAAUAUCCAAAAAAUAACACAUAUUCAAGUGUUGAUGUAGUUAAGGACAACCAAACAAUCAUAGGAACUACUCAAAAGAAUGUGAGUCAGACCAAGGGCAGAUUUUCUGUGUACAAUGACGGAAAAAAUAAAAGUCUCAGAGUGGUUAUCAAACCACUUCAACAAGAGGACUCCGGGGAGUACGAGUGUAAAUUUGACCAAGAAUCUGACCCUGCCAAUGAAGUGGACUUAAGAGUUGAUGACGGCUGCCAGCCACAGUUUAAUCAAACUGCGUACAGAACAGCUAAAACCACCAUGUCAUGUGACAAAAGAAACAACUCCGGAGUCAUGUUUUUCUGCAAAGAGAACGGUUCAAUCUGUGAGGAUAUUUUAUCAACAUCUUCUCCGAGGUCAAACGGGUCCUUCACUCUCACAGAGACCAGCAGUAGCUUCAACAUGUCCAUCAGUAAUGUGUCCUCACAGCAUGCUGGUGUCUACUGGUGUGGAGUGGAAACAGAUAAAGGUUACCGAGCUGCACUCAGAAAAAUACAACUGGAGGUUGAAGAUACUAUUACUAACUUCACUAGGUCUCCAACUGUUGGACAGAAUCUCACAUACUGGUGUACAUAUCCAAACGGUACUUUACAGAUGAAAAAAUUCAUCUGUAAAGGAGAAGAUCCAUCUAUAUGUGAACAGAUAGUAAGCACCGCAAAGAACAACUCUGGAAAGUUUUCUAUGAUGGAGGACGAUGAGAAGAGAAAUAUCACCAUAACAGUGAGAAACAUAACAACAGAAGACUCUGGGACAUACUGGUGUGGAGCAGAAAGAAAUGACCCAAAACAGAGCAACCCAUUCUUCAACAAACUUGUGAUGACUGUCGUUGCAGAGCCUCCAACAACACUGAGCCCCUCUACUAUCUCAACAUCACCUCAUCCAGUUCCUACAUCUGCUUCUUCCACCCAGUCGACCACUGCAUCUGCCCACAGCGAUGGUCCUCCAACUACAUCAAGUCCUGGGUCCUCCUCGUUACCUGGAACCAUAUCUGUGGUCGUCUGUGUGGCUGUGCUGGUGGUGCUGCUCAUUUUGGUUCUCGUCUGGAAACGAUUUCAGUGUUCAGAAAACACAAGAACUGGAGAACAGAAAAAUGAGAAUGGUGUCUCUGAGGAGAUACAGGAGCGCCCCCAGAAGCCAGACUCAGGAACUGCACUCAGCACUAUUCAUGUCACAGCCAACACUCCCACAAACUAGGGAUGCACCGAUCAAGGGCAUAAAUCCCAGGGGGG